AUGUCAAAAGAUGUUGACAGAAACCAGGUGUUAAAAACCACCAGAGUGCGAACUUCAUUGAAGAAUGACGGCAGCUGGAUCCACAAAUCAAAAGAAGACAAGGAGGAACAAGACAAAGAGGGGACGUUUCAGACCGUGGAAGCCAAACGAGUUCCAGUCAGACAGAGUUCAUACGUCCUGCUGACAGCCAAGAGAUUUGAAUCAAUAGAUUCGUCACUGAGUCCUCCUCUUCAAAAGACAGAGGUCAUUCCAUCUGAAGGUGAUUCAGCACCUCAGGCAAAUGGUGAUGUUAUUCCUGCCAAAAAAGAUGCUCAGCCUGAGGGGUCAACAGUGGAGACCACAGGCGAUACAAAGCCUCAAGCUGUCGUAGAGGAACUUCAAAACAGUCAGGCAGAACUAGAGAAAUCAGCUGCCGACACAACUACAGAAAACAAGGAGGAAUGUGCUGAAACACCAGUUGACAAGUCAAAGGUGGAACACACUGAGGCAGCCGCUGAGGCCUCUGCAGAUGUUCAUGUGGAAGAAAAUAUCCAGCCGGUUUCUUCAGCAGAGGAAAAUCCAGAGACAGUGUCUCCUGUGGUGACAGAUGAUCAACCACUUACCAACACAACUGCAGAAAACAAGGAAGAACAAGCUGAUCCGUCAAUCAUAGAUCACAGUGAGGCCGUGAUCUCUGCCGAUGCUAAUGUGGAAAACCCUGCUGCAGAAAUCUCUGCUGUUACAGACGCAGCUGAGAGUAAAAGCACUGCUGAGGUCCCUGCUGCACUCAUACUCGAAGCGAAACCUCAAGAGGAAUCUUUAAUUAAAACAGAGCCAGCAACUGCAACAAAUUUGGAGGAUGCAGGAGCAGAAAUAAGUGUACAACCUACAGAGGGGGGUAGUGAGAAGAGUCCUCCAGAGCAGACCACAGGAGAAGCUGUUGCAGCUGCAGCUAAUUUGAUGGUGAAGUCAUUGUCUGAGACCACUGAUGUGACUAAUGCAACACCAGGAGAAGUCAGUGAGGAAUCAGUCCCUGACUUACUGCUUGAAUCUAUAACCAAGUCACCUACUCAGCCUGCUGCUGAGGCUACUACAGAGGUUAGCUUUGAGAUAAGUCCUCCAGCGCAAUUUACAGAUGAAGCUGUUGAAGCUGCAGCUGAGGUUACGGUGGAGGAGAUCCCUGAAAAUCCUUAUGUAAAUAAUGCAACACAACUGGAAGAAGCUGCUGUGCAGAACAGUGUGCAACCAUGUCCUGAUGUUCCAUCCGAACCACCUGCUCAACCUGCUGCUCAAACUGCUACAGAAGAGAACUGUGAGAAAUGUCCUUCAGAACAAGGUGCACAAGAAAUAGUUGAUGCUGUAGCUGAGGUUUUGGUGGAGACAUUGCCUGAAAGCCCUGCUGUAAACAAUGCAACACCAGAGGAAGAAGCAGCUCCACCAAACAGUGUGCAACCAGUCCCUGAUAAUCUGUCUGAAUCACCCACUUAUCUGCCCACUGAAACUACAACAGAGGAGAGUGGUGAGAAAUGUCCUCCAGAACAAGAUACAAAAGAAAUAGCUGAGGCCGUAGCUGAGGCUGUGGCGGAGACAUUGCCUGAGACUGUAAAUAAUGCAGCACCAGAAGAGGAAGCUGCUCUACAAAGCAACGUGCAACCAGUCCCUGAUACGGAAUCUGAAUCACCCACUCAUCCCUCUGCCGAAGCUACUACAGAGGGGAGUAGUGAGGAAGCUGCUCCACAAACCAGAGUGCAACAAGUCUCUGAUACUCUAUCCAAACCGCCUACACAACCUGCUGCUGAAACUACAACAGAAGACAACUGUGAGAAUUGUCCUGCAGACCAAGGUGCACAAGAAACUGUUGGCGCUGUAGCUGAAGUUGUGGUAGAGGCAUUGCUUGAGGCCCCUGCUGUAAACAAUGCAACACCAGAAGAAGAGGCCGCUGCACAACCGGUCCCUGAACCACCUACUCAGCCUGCUGCUGACGCUGUUGUCAAGUCCGUAGAGCGUCAAGCCGAGUCUGCAGCCGUUGAAGAACCAGUUUUAAAGAUCACAACUGAAGAGGCGGUUGAGUGUGCAGUCAACACUGCUGUUGAACAAAGUGCUGAGCCGACACCUCAAAGCACAGCAGAACAUGUGGCAGAGCUGAACGUUGAAGAUGCUGUUAAACCUGCAGCUGCUCCAGAAGCCGAAGCUGUUUAUGAGGAUUUAGCUGCCAGAGUUAUUGAACUGACAGAUGCACUAGAUGUGGAGCCACCCGCAGCUGAAACUGUUCCUAAACCUGUGGAAGAUCCACAACCAUCCCACUCAGAGGAGACCAAAGUGAUCCAACAGUGUGAUGAUGCCAACACUUCUGAAGUUUUUCAAAAGCCUGCAGAGGAGCCAAACUCUACACAAACUCUGAAAAAGUCUGGGGAUGAAAAAGCUACUUGUUGUUUCUGUCACCAAAUCAUUGAUGGAAGUAUAAAGAUCAGUUUCAGUGAACCUCUGCUGACCUGCCACCCUGAGUGUCUGAAGUGUGGUGUUUGUGCCGUGGCCCUCGGAGACAUGAUGACCCCCAUGUACUUACAUAAAAAAGAGAUCCAGUGUGGUGGCUGCUUUGCAAAAACUCUUCAGAUCUGAAGCUCAUCUUAUGCUCUCAAAGCAUAAUGUGAUUAAUGUGCUGUCUAGACUGACAAUCUCAUCACUUAAAAAAAAAAAAAAUAUAUAUUUUCCCCACUGAGAGGCAGGACAUGCAGUAUAUUGUCAUGAUUAAGAUUUGUGUCAUGAACAGGCAUGGCAGCAUGUUAUUUGUAGCAGUAAUCCUCAAAGAUGCUUAAAUGAAAUACUUCACAAUCAGCAUAAAUGAUUUUAUUGCAACAUACUGUGUGGUUAAAAUAAAAAUCACAAUUUAUUGCCUCA